GGCGCUUCAGUAAUUAGUGAAGCGCCAGACUUUAGUGAAGCGAGAGUGAAGCGCCCGCUUCACUGCUUAAGCACCUAAAGCGCGAAGCGCCCAAAGCGUUGGCUUUUUCUCUUUUGUUCAAUUUGACAAAAUUAUCCAAUUUAACCUUAAAUUUUAAGGGUAAAAUGGUACUUUAACAUUUUUUUUCCCUAAAUAAAACCCUAAAACACCUAAAAUUGGAUCUGAAUCAGUCCCGACACUGCCGCUGCUGCUUCUUCUUCUUCUUUUUCUUCUUCUUCCUUCAAGAUCCAACAUCUUUCUUCAAGAUCGACCCUGUGACAAGAAAGAUCCACAUUUUCUUCUCUUCUUUUUUGCUUUCUUCAAGUUUGAUUCUCUCAUUCCUUUCAAGUUCCAACGUUCUUUCCUUUUUUUCUUCUUUUUUUGCUCUGUUUUUUCCCCUACUUCUGCACUUGCUGUGUUUCCUUUUGCAAAUGGAAACAACUUCAUCUAGGUCCAGUAAUAAGAAAGAUCUUGGUUGGAAAUACAAUUCUUUGAAGGAUCCUAGUAAACCCAAUUAUGUUACCUGCAAUUUUUGUAAUAAAACAACUACUGGGGGAAUCAAUCGAGCAAAGCAACAUCAGAUGGGGCGUUUGGGUAAUGCUACAGUUUGUCCAAAAGUCCCACAAGAGGUUAAGGAAGAGCUGUGGAAUUAUUACAACGAGAAGAAGUCUCAAAAAUCCACCGGCUCCUCAGGUUCUUUUCAGAUGUUUAAUUAUUUAGAAGAUUGCAGAAUCGGUGAUGAUGAUUUGGAUGAGGUUGAGUUAGUUGAGUUUAAUGCAAGUGGUAAAUGGUUGUUGACUGCAAAAUCUGGGGUUGGAAUGCAGGGUAGUGGGAAGAAAACUAAAGGCCUGAUGGAUUUGUUUUUGAUGAAACCAGAAACUAUAGUUCAAAAAAGAAAAGAAAGCAAAAUGAGGCAAAUGAGUAUAAAAGAUAGUGAUCCAGAAGCAAGAGCUAGGAUUGUCCAGUAUAUAGCUAGAUUUUUUUAUCAAGCUGGGAUCCCAUUUAAUGUAGCACGUUUAGAUAGCUUCAAAUAUAUGGUAGAAGCUAUUGGGAGGUAUGGUCCAAAUUUAAAGCCUCCUAGCUAUCAUGAGUUGCGGGUUCCAUUGUUGAAAAAGGAAUUGCAGCUUACAAAUGAUAUGCUAGAGGAUCACAAGAAGAAAUGGGCAAAGUAUGGUUGCUCAAUUAUGUCUGAUGGUUGGACAGAUAGAAGACAAAGAAGUAUAAUGAACUUCUUGGUGAACUGUCCAGCAGGCACAAUGUAGAAUCUGUUGAUGCAUCUUCUUACAUGAAAACAAGGGAUAGAUUGUAUGAGUUACUUGAUGCUUUUGUGGAGAGAAUUGGAGAGAAAAAUGUCAUUCAAGUGGUCAUUGACAAUGGCAGCAAUUAUGUCUUAGCAGGCAAAUUGCUACAAGCUAAAAGAAAGAAUUUGUUUUGGA